AUGCGCGGGGCGUCUGAUGACGCGCAAUCACCCAGCGCAAAUCGAGUAGAACACCCGUCAGCACUUCCGCAGUACCUCGAUCCAGAGGUGAAGUUAGUCUGGUGUCCACAUUUAUUAAUCCUUCAUUUCGUUUGUUUCUUUCGAAGUACAAGUGUCACCUCAGGUAACGCUGCCCGGCAAGACAAAGUAGAAGUGUUGGUUAGCGCAAAGGCUCAUUGA